AGUUGCGCAGAAAACUCGUUUCGUCGACCAUAAAUUUCCUGGUACGGAUUCUGGCAUUCUGCUAGAAAGUGAAACGUGUGUACAAGAGGUGAGCCAAUUAGCAGUGUACAGCUGUGGUCAUCAUGUCAGUACUGAAUCAGAGCGGUGAGGAGCAGGUCGAAUGUCCACUAUGCAUGGAACCACUUGAGGUUGAUGACCUCAAUUUUUUCCCCUGCACAUGUGGCUACCAGAUAUGUCGUUUUUGCUGGCACCGAAUCCGGACAGAUGAAAAUGGCCUGUGCCCAGCUUGUCGUAAGGCAUAUCCAGAGAACCCAGCAGAUUUCAAACCACUGUCUCAGGAGGAAGUGGCUCGUCUGAAGGCUGAAAAGAGGCACAAAGAUCAGCAAAGAAAGCAAAAAAUUACAGAGAAUCGGAAACAUCUUGCCAAUGUUCGGGUUGUACAACGAAAUCUUGUUUUUGUUGUUGGGCUUCCGAUGAGGUUGGCAGAUGCUGAGGUUCUGAAGAAACAUGAGUACUUUGGCAAGUUUGGUAAGAUUCACAAAGUUGUCAUCAAUCAGAGCACAUCGUAUGCUGGUUCUCAGGGUCCCAGUGCAAGUGCCUAUGUAACAUAUCACAAGGCUGAUGAUGCUUUGCGGGCAAUACAGGCAGUGAAUAACAUCUCGGUUGAUGGACGGACUAUCAAAACCUCAUUGGGAACAACAAAAUACUGCUCUCAUUUCAUGAAGAACCAACCAUGUCCCAAGCCAGACUGCAUGUACUUGCAUGACUUGGGAGACGCAGAGGCAAGUUUCACAAAGGAAGAGAUGCAGCAAGGUAAACACCAAGAGUAUGAGAAGAAACUGCAUGAACAGCUGCUCAAUACAUAUAACCACAGUUCUGCCAGCAGAGAUAGGAAACCGACACCAUCACCUCCAGCUGUUGCUUCCAGCAUUUCCAGUUGUCAAAAUGUGUAUCAGAGUGGUAGCAGUAGUACAGGUUGUAGCAGUACAAAUUCAAACUCAAGUUCCACAACUUGUAUUCAGGGCAGUCAAUCUUGUAACAAAGAAGCAUGGCCUUCACUGCAACCAGGCCUGACAACUAAUAGUAACAAUAAUGGUAAUAAUUUUGGAUUGUUGUCUGGUGGAAGUGGAAAUACCAAUAACAGUAAUAACAAUAACAGUUCAAAAGUUGAAAGCAGCCAAAGAAGGCAAAGGUUUGAUCAGCAGUCAGCAAAAGUCACUAAUAAUAAUCACAAGAAAAGACAUACAUCAGGGGAAGAGAAUAGAGGGAAAGCAAAAGAGAAAUUGCAGAGCAGCCUACAGGAUGAAGCUGGGAAUAAGUUAGUCCAUAGUAAAUCACAGCAUUCAAAUUCAAGAUCUUUAUUAUCACAUGAUAUGCAUCAGAAUUUGCAGUAUUCUGCUAGGUCAUCCAAUAAUUCCAGUUCUUCCUCAUCAAGCGAUGUGGCAAAUGGACCUGCUGUAGAAGCAGACUCAGAUAUUCAAGAAAGUGAUGACAGUUUAGUGAAUAUAGGAAACUCUUGUACUGUGUUAGGCACAAAUGGAAGACAACAGUUGGGCAGUCGGAUCCUGCCAGCUAAUCACAGGACCACAUUGUUUGAACCCGACAACAAUUCAUUUUUCUCUACUAAUAAUUUCACAAAAGUGGCUGCAUCAUCAACCGGAUCAGCUGCAACAGACUGGCCAAUCAAUGGCCUUACUCUAACGCACAUGCCAGAUGUUCUGCCGCCUGUUCACUCAUCAGAAGACUGGCAAGCAGCGUUCGGUUUCUCAAACUCAAGAAAUCCAUCAAACUCACAACACCAAGAAAAUGAUUGUAUUGUCUUAACAUCUAGCAGUCAGCAAAUUCAGUCAGAUGGUUCUAGGCUAAGCUCCAAGGUAGACAGCAGUGAUGUUGAUCAUGGUUUUGAUUCAAAUGACCAGCAGCAGUCUCAGAAUUUCAAAAAAAAUCUCGAAAAUAAAUCAUCUUUGGUGGAAAGUGUGGUUACUCAGUUUCCACCUCCUGCAGCAAACAUCAGUGAAAACUUCAGAGUUAAUACAAAUAACAGUGGGCAUUUGUCACAAAAUAUUGAUACAGAUAGUGGUUUUGGACCUGAAGAAGGAAAUCCUGAAAGUAACUCUCUUCUGGCAGUUCAGAAUUCAGUGAAUCCUAUCUUGACUUCAAAUUCUGUAGGUGGAUCUCAACAGAUGUUUCCACAUUCGCCAUCAUUUGUUCACCAAGAUGCAGCAAUAUUAAUGAUGCAUCGCCAUCAGAUUCCGCCUGUCAGUAAUCUCAUGAACCAAAUUGUAGGCUCACAACAUAUGAUUGCAAAUGGCCUGCCACCUUCACAGUCAACAAGUAAAUUUCUUGCAGACUUUCAUUUGAGACAGCAGCAAAAUCAGAACAUAAUGAAACAAUUAAACUCACAAUCUCAAUCAAAUUUUCACUUCCAAAAUCAUUCUUCGGUUCUUGAUGGCAAUUUUGUUGACAGAAAUAAGAGUAACCUGACAAACGUAACUUCUGUUGGGGGCAAGUUCAGCGUAUUGGGUGGUUCCGAAUCUGGGAGUGAGUGUAAAGCAAGUAGUGAAAAUAAUCUUCAGAAUGGUGUGGACAUUAUGGAUGGUGAUUUGGGCAUUUCGGAUGAAGAAACGUAUCUUCCAAGUUUUCUCAACCAUCAGCCAAAAAGUUUGGAACCAAGUACGGAACUGGAGUAUGAAAACAGGGACGGAAAUUCUAUGAAUUGUAUUAAUACCUCAGUGGAAAACGGCAAAGAAAUAUCGAUAAAAGAUAGUGGUCGUUUAACAGAUGAUGAACUGGGCUUUGAUCCUUUCCAUGAAACUCAAAAAGCCUUGGCAGAGAUGAUGGAAAAGGAGAACAUGGUGGUGAUGGUACAGGACCAGCACAACAAGCAGCAGCCUUCACAUGAUUUCUUAAGCCAGACACAUCUACAUAACCAGCACAGUAACAUGAGCCAUCUGUCACAUCAUGUUUACCAACAGUACCAGCUAAAUCAGAUGAACCACUUCAGCCAUCAAGUUCCACAUACAUCUGUUUUUGAUGGCAGCAAAGUUCUAGGCUCAUUCGCCAGUCGCAGCCAGCAGCAGAUAUUACAACAGCAGAAUCACAGGUUACCACCAAAUGUGUCUGGAUGUACAAAAUUGUUGGACGGUUUGGUACUUGGGCCUUCAAAUGUAACACCAAUGGUUUCUUCUGCACAUACAAGAACCAGAUUGCCACCACCAGGUUUCACAACUGCACCAAAUCACAUGAAUGCUUUUGGCCUCGGUAUUCCAAGAGCACCUUCAAAUAACAGUAGCAAAAUUCUCCCUUUCAUGAGUCUUGGAAACAGUUCAUCAAAUAAUGGUUCCUCAUCUCCAGUUCCUCAAACCAUGUCCAGUCAUCCCAAUAAUAUUGCACAUACCUCUUCAUUAAAUCCUCAGCAGGGAACCGACCAACACUCAAUCGUAUUUUCUUCAAAUGGUAGUCACAGUGCUGCAAAUAAUCACACUUUUGGACUACAAAAUGGUGGUAUCAUCAAUACUGGUGUUCCUAAGACAUCAAGUGACUCUUUCACUGUUAAGGAGUGGCCAGAAAACCUGAGAUCAUUGCUGCCAAAUUUGAAUGAUGUUUCACACAAUCAGGGUGUGCAGUUUGCAGCCACUAGCACUCCUCCACCCCCUCCUGUUUUUGGUGCCCGCCAUACGCCUAUGCAAGGAAACGCACAAAAGGGUUUUAAUGGUGUUGGACCUUGUACAGAUUGGACGACGCUGGAUCCCGCAAUUGUGUCCAGUUCUCGCCCGCAUAACUUCCUUGCAGCAGCAUCUUCAGCAAAUCACCAUCCACCUAUGAAUCCAUCAACAAAUCCUGGUCUUCAUCUUCUGCAUAAUACAAGUUCGGUCCUUCAGCAGAACAAACCACCAGUGGAGCAGCAGAACACAGCCAUGUCAAGUGCAAACCCACCCUCGACACCUGUAGCCAUGCCACACCUCCAUCAGUUGCAGCAGAAUAACGUAAGCCACUGGUUGAGGUCAUUGCCAUCUGAAGAGGGAGGUUGUGUUUUCUACAGCUCAAAUGUUCUGGGUGGCAGCUCGGCGGAUUGGGCUGCCAACAGCAAUCAUUUGACCAAUGUAAAUGGACAGCAACAAAAUCGUGUUUUCUACAGCUCAAACGUUCUUGGUGGUAGCACAGCGGAUUGGGCUACCAACAGUAAUAAUUUGGGCAAUGCGAAUGGACAGCAGCAACAGAAUCGUGUUGUUGGGUCACCAAACUCAGGUUCAGUAAUGAUGACAGCAGCACCACCGCCACCUGGUUUCUCUUCUAUGAGACUUGCAGCCAUGCAGCAGGGAACAGCCAGUGCCAACUCUGUUCAGAAGAAGCAAAGCCCUGUGUUGAGCACAGAAAUGGGGAAAAUUGAAAAUGUAUAACCUGGCUCCCAUGGAAGUAAAUCUGAUUGCCAGCUCCUCCUAAGGGUAAUAUUUGGAAGUGGUAUGAAAAUUACAAAAGAAAAAUAGUUUACCAAUAAUUUCAUUUCCAGAAAGAAAUAACAGCAGCCAGAGUACUGUUAAUAUAUUUGAUGUAUCAAAUAUCAGUUUAUAUUUCUUAAUAUUUUUAAGCAGAAGGAAAAUAAGGAAGAAGAGACUGAGCUAGUAAAUUGAUUGAGUUUGCAGUAUGUUUUCAAAAGAUAUAUUGAUUAAAACUACAACUAUUCUUUUGCAGAAUCAGUUAAUUUAUGAUUGUGGUUCAAUGAACUUGAGAUUUGCCGGGAUAAAGUAACAGGAAAAUAAGGAGACAGUGAACUUUGAGGUUAGAGAGAUUAAAUUGACCAAUAGUAAUAUAUGUAUGUACAUACACAUACAUAUACAUAAGUUAUAAAAUAUUUAAAAAAGAUCUGUACUUUUCAUGGAACCAGCUGAUUUUGUAAUUGUGGUUCAGUGAAUAUAAAAUUUUGUCUGUAGUAACAGAAAUAUCAAAGAGACAGCGAAUGUGAAACAGAAGAGAUGAAUCUACAAAUAUUAAUAUCAUGUAAGUUAUUUUUGCUUGUUUUGUCAUGUGACAGAUUAUGCAUGGGGGUAUUAGUCCAGUAAAGCCUACAGUUUAACUUGUUUGCCAUAUGUGUCUGUGGCAUGGCUUUUUGGGAAAUGCUCAGUUUAAUUAUCAGAAUUGUAUUAGAAUUUUGAGUGGUUUGGAUAUUAAAAGAGAACUAAAUACAGGAUACAGUGAAAAUGCAAUCAAUGAACUGGUGUUCUUUUCUGGUAUAAAGCUUUAUUAGGUAUAUAAA